AUGAAACCGUUCAAAUUCUUCAAAGCUCGACAACCUCAUCGUGUUAGUCGUAUCCCCACAGAGGACUCGGAAAAUGAAAACGAUGACAAGAAGAAAUUCUUGCCGUUCAAUGAAAGUCCCCAGGACCCGCACCAGAGAGAAAGCCCCUGGCUCAUUCUCGCAUGCUUUAUCUAUAUGAUCAGUAUCGCCGUUUUCUCUGGAGCGGGAGGAUACUAUCUAGGAAGGGAUGCUGAGCAGACUGUUGAACCAGAUGCCGUUUUCGAAGACUGGGAUCAAUCCCUGAAGAUCCAGUGGUGGCUGUUCUAG